CGGAAGUAGCUGGUCUUGAGUGCCUGCUGCUGUUGUUGACAUUGCGCUUAAGCCUUUUCCGACUAAUUCGCACUCACUUUGUUAUCUGAUUUUAUCACAUUUUAAAUCUUUUCGGUCAGUUACACUCUGCCUUAUAGUAAACUGAACCCGUAAAAAUGUCCCGUAAAACAUUCACAAACAGCUAAGAGCUAGCAUUUGUCUUUUGGCGAACGCACAAUAGCAGCUAAUUAAAUCAUGGACAUCACGCUACAGACUAACUAACAAAGUUUGAGAUCGUGUCUGCAGCCUGUGGAACUACACGUAAAGAUGGCAGUGGAGCUGGAUGUUUUUGUGGGUAACACAACCAUUAUGGAUGAAGAGGUUUACCAGCUCUGGUUAGAUGGUUACACAGUGAAUGAUGCUGUGAAGGUGAGAAUGGAAGGGGGUGUGCUGGAGGAGUGUGAGGCUAGUGCUGAUGUGCUGCUCAGUGACACCAUGGAUCAGUACAGGACCUUUCAGAUGUGUGAGCGUCUACUACACAGUCCAGCCAAACUGGCCAAUCAGCUGCUAUUUCAGAUUCCCCCUCAUAGACAGGCGAUGCUUAUAGAGAGGUACUAUACUUUUGAUGAUGCAUUUGUUCGUGAGGUUCUGGGAAAGAAACUUUCCAAAGGAACCAAGAAAGACUUGGAUGAUAUCAGCAGCAAAACUGGUGUGACCUUGAAAAGCUGCAGAAGACAAUUUGACAACUUCAAGAGGGUUUUCAAAGUGGUGGAGGAACUAAAGGGACCCCUAGUGGAGAAUAUCCGUCAGCAUUUUCUUCUGUCAGACAAACUCGCCAGAGAUUAUGCUGCAAUUGUCUUCUUUGCCAACAAUCGUUUUGAGACGGGGAAAAGAAAGUUGCAGUAUCUAAACUUUCAGGAUUUUGCCUUUUGUGCUGGGCAGCUGAUCAAUAAUUGGACAGUGGGUGCUGUUGAUAACAUGGUGGAAGAUAUGGAUGUUGAUCUUGAUAAAGAGUUUCUACAAGAGCUUAAAGAGCUAAAAAUACUGAUAACAGACAAAGACCUUCUGGAUCAACACAAAAGUCUUGUUUGUACAGCUUUAAGGGGGAAGACAAAAGCAUUCAAUGAGAUGGAAGCUAAUUUUAAAAACCUUUCCCGGGGUCUUGUCAACAUUGCUGCAAAGUUGACCAACACGAAAGAUGUCAGAGAUUUUUUUAUUGACCUUGUGGAAAAGUUUAUUGAGCCUUGCCGUUCAGACCGGUGGACUGCUGCUGACAUGAGACUUUUCCUAACUCACUACACUAACUCAGCACAUAUACUGGAUACAUUCAAACACCAGAAUGUGUGGGACCGUUACAUGGGCGUUGUAAAAAGCUGCAUCUUCAAGCUGUAUCACGACUGAGUUUGAUUAGCUUUUCCGUGCAUGCUCUGCACUUGGCAUGUGGUCAUUAGUCUAUAGUGCGUCUUUUUCAUUUUGCCACUGGUGAAUUAAUUUUUUUGUGUUAGUUUGUAAAUUAAAUUGGAUUUACACCCA